AUUUUAGAACCCUUUAGCACCACAAAAAUAGAAACAUACACACAUACGAUAUGCUAUACAUAGACACCCUCCACUUCUUCUUAUUUCAUGCUUUGAGGUUGGAAAAAUGGGUAGAGGAAGGGUUGAACUAAAGCAGAUCGAGAAUAAAAUCAGUCGCCAAGUAACGUUUUCAAAGAGGAGAACGGGGUUGAAAAAGAAAGCACAUGAAAUCUCUGUGCUUUGUGAUGCUCAAGUAGCAUUGAUUGUGUUCAACAACAAUGGGAAACUUUUUGAGUAUUCAUCUGAAUCCAGCGUCGAAAACAUCCUGGAACGAUAUGAGAGACAUGCUCAUACAGUCAAACUUGUUGGAGCUGAUAAUGAAUCACAGAGAAACUGGUCCUUGGAAUGCUUCAAGCUAACCGGCAAAGUUCAAGUUCUAGAGAGAAACUUAAGGAACUUCGUGGGACAUGAUCUGGAUCCUUUGAGCUUGAGAGAUCUUCAGAGUUUAGAGCAUCAGCUUGACUCAGCUCUAAAGCGCAUCCGAACAAGAAAGAACCAAGUUGUGCAUGAAUCCAUCACUGAGAUGCAUAAAAAGACAAAGGCAUUGCAGGAGAAAAACAACAUGCUAGCAAACAAGAUUAAGGAGAAAGAGAAGACACUGGCUGAAAAUUCACCCUGCUGGCCAGAAACCGUAGGCCAAAGUUCAUGUCCUUUACAGCUACAAUCGCCACAAAGAAUAGUUCCUUGUUUAACACUCAGAUUAUAAAAAGUAUCAGAAUGUUGCAAUGGGACUUCACAAGCAACAUCGUAGGAGGAAGUGGUUGAAGCUCCUAGUAGCACUACUCUCAUCCCACCAUGGAUGCUGCGACAUUUUACUAGAUAAACCAGCAUGACACUGUUAAGUUUGUGACAUGUGAAUGUUGAAGGCGUCAACUAUGUUAAAAACAUAAUUUGAUAUAGCUAAGUGUUAAGUUUGAAAACUGCUUAUUCUUUUGUAUAGGAUGUGGCCAAUUAGAUGGUAUUGCCACUGAAGAAAAUAUCACAGGAAGGCAACAUAA